AUGGACGACGUCCUUCCCAUCGUCAUCUCGUUCCUGCCGGCGCACGAGGCGGUGCGGACGUGCGUGCUCUCCCCACGCUGGCGCCACUUUUGGACAUCUGCGCCCGGUCUCCGCAUCACCGCCGUCGGGGACUUCGGGAGCGCCGAUAAGUUCAAUCAGUUCGUAGACCGCCUGCUCUUCCUCCGUCGCCACUCAGACUGCCCACUGGAGUCAUGUGAGUUCGAUCUGGACGACAGGGAGUUCGGUUUCAACUCCAUCUCGUCCUUUCAGCAUGUGUAUCGCUGGAGCCUGCAGUCUGCUUUAGACUGCAAUGUCCGGGUCCUUCGGUGCAGUUUCACGGACACCAACCCCAACUUCCGCAUGCUUCCCGAGCAACUAUCUGAAUAUCCAGAGCCUCUACUCUCCCAGCACCUCACUAGGCUAGAGCUCCAUUGCAUCCGCUGCGCUCUUGAUUUCUCGGGCUGUCCAGUGCUAGUGGACCUUAAGAUGGAGCAGUGCGUCACACAUGCUGCUGAAAUGUUGUCUCCAUCCUUGCGACAGCUGAGUAUGGUCUGCUGUGAACUCUCCAUGUGGCAUCGUACUCAAGUAACCUUACCGAAUCUUGUUCGCUUGGAAUUAAUUAAUUGUGCUGGUAGACUUCCAUUACUUGAAAGCUUGCCAUCAUUGGAAACGGCGGUUGUUGAUCUUGGGGAGUUUUCUGAGGAUCGGUGUCCUGUGUCAGGCUGUCUUGAUGAUGAUCCAUGCUUUGGUUGUCAUUUUCAUUUUGAGUUCAUUGCUCAACGCGGAAGUAGCUACUUCUUCCAGGGUUUGUCUCGAGCCAAACACCUAGAGUUGUUAGCUUCCUAUAAUGAUGCGUUCAUUUUUCAAAGAGAUUUGAAGUGCCGCCCGACAUUUCCCAUGUUAAAGACUUUGAUACUCAACGACUGGUGUUUGCAUGCUGACCUCAGUGCUGUGAUUCAUUUUAUCCAACACUCGCCAAAUCUUGAGAAGGUUACUCUUAAAUUUGCUGAGGAAUUUGAUUCUUCAAUGGUGACAGAAGGAGAUAACAAUUUGUUGGAAGGAACAUUUUCAUCUGACCAUCUUAAAAUGGUUGAAAUCAAAUGUUUAAAGGUUGAUGGAAGAAUUAACAAAAUUCUCAAGAUCCUGAGUGCUUGUGGCAUAUCACUGGAAAAAGUCAAUAUCCGACAAGCCAAUACAAGUUCCUGA